GUGAGGCAGAGUGAGAGAGUGUGAGUGUGGAGUUCGGUCACUGUGCGCGUGCUGUGUGUCAGAGCUGAGGAGAAAGGCUGGACACUGCGAAAGUCAAGUGAAUGCAGUGCAGGAAACCAAACUGCAGGAGGAGUACAGACCUACACCACUGACUAACACUUUUAACAGCACUGAAGAGAACCUGAAACAACAUCACAGGAUCUUCUGCAGAAAUCAUCAUCGAGUCCCUUACUCAGAAUUAUGAUGGCUCUGAGGCUCAGACCUGUGUUUCCUGACCACAUUUCCUGAAAAACGAGUUCACUUAAAGGACUGACCCUCCUAUUGGGCAGAGUGGGAUAAAGGACCUCCGCCUGCACUGACAGGAAAGCGAAACCAGUGCACUAACUGGAUCUACCGUACUUUAUUUUGUGUUCAUUUGUUUGAACUGUGAACACCAUGCCAAUUCUAAAGCAGCUCGUAUCUGGCUCAUCUCAGUCCAAGCGCCGCUCCCGGGCCGAUCUGACUGCAGAGAUGAUCAGCGCUCCGCUCGGCGAUUUUCGUCACACCAUGCAUGUCGGUCGUGGUGGCGACGCAUUUGGAGAUACCUCCUUUCUGAGCACCCGGUCCGGAGAGCCUCCUCGAGAACAGCAAACCCAGCCAAGCAGCUCCCCCAAGCAGGGUCUGCUGUCCCGCACCUUCAGGAGCAGCAAGCGCUCGCAGUCUGUCAAUCGUCCGGACAAGAAUGAAAGCAAGAUUCCACCCUCCGCAGGUUCACCCGGGUAUGUGAAGACCGCCAUCUCUCUGCCGUACCUCAACAGCGAAAAGACCACCAAAGGAGGACCGAACCUACCCAAGAGUGUCUCCUCCAGCCCAGUCAAGAACCUUCCAGAGGUUGACCAUAAAUCUGCUAACUUUGCAACCGGAUUCGACCCCGAGCUUGACGAGCACAACUUCGGCGUACUGACUGACCUGCCCGUGUCUGUGGCGCCCCCUUACAGUGGUGGUGGGAUGAAGCAUGCUGAGUCCAUCCUUUCGUUCCACGUGGAUCUAGGUCCCUCCAUGCUUGGAGACAUUCUCAGCGUCAUGGACAAAAAGGGAUUCAAUGAGGACAGCUUUGGAUUUGAGGAAGAUCUCAGGGCACCUCCAUCCCGUCCUUUCAAAGAACCAGAAGAAAAGAGAGCAUCUUCUCCGUCCCUACCAGUCAACUUUCACGGCCAAAAUGAGCAGCAGCAUCUGGAGAGCUGCUCCAUGUCCAGCUCAGGAUCCGCAGACGAGAUACCCAACAACCACAAUACGAACAACGGCAAGAACAGAAGCUUGGACGACAGAGACUUCAGCUACAUGGAUGACGAUGACGACGACGACGAAGAGAUCAGGGUGUGAAAGAGACUGGAAAGCGCUGGAACAGAAUGAGAGGAUGAUUACGAUUGGAAUACGUCGUACAUGAAAGUUGUAGAACAUGAAAACCAGUGGAAACGGAAUGAGACUUCUGAGGGAACUCUCGAGUGGACAGGUGUUUGGGGACUGUUAAAGGCGAAUGACAAGAGGAGACUAUAAUUGACCUGGUUUUACCCCCUUAAAACUAAUCUAGUCAAUCAGCCGAGAUGUGUUUGGUGUUUGAAGUUUGCUUCUUUUGCUACGAGAGGUGUUUGGUAAUCUCUGUUGGACUUGAUCAUGUGGUUUUAGGUGUAUAUUGGCAGCAUAUUGGCACAAAAGUAGUAGAGUAAAGAAAAAGUAAUUUUGCCCAGGUGAGGAAAUGGCAGUAUUGCAGGAUUAGAUGAUCAUGAUACUUUAAGACAUUUUAACGCUACUAAUCACAAAAAUACUUCUCUGUCCACUUUGGGUUGUGAUGCCUUCUAUGAUAUAUUCCCAGUACUCACAUGACACUGUUGAUGGAGAGAUACUAAAUGCACCUGCAAACUUUGCAAAUGGAAUGUUCCAUCCAUCUGGCACCCAUUAUAAGGCCUCACUCAAACUCCCAUAAUUCACGUCGCCUUGCCAUGAUCACGCUGGCCAGUGUUCAGCCUUACUCAAAAUAUAACACCUCAGCUCUUAUGGGGUAACAGGUGUGGGGGUUCACAAGCCGUCCCUCUAUUCUGCUACAGUCUGCUUCAGACAUCACACUGUCGUCUGAUUGGCUGCAUUAGUGUUAAGGUUGUUAAACUGGGGGAAUUUUGAUUGUUUGAUUGUUUUGCCAAACUUGCGCUUUAAGGAGAGGAACUAAAGAGAACUAAAGCUACAAUUUCAGCACCAUAGCCCUUCUGAACCGGACCUAUUACAGCAAUACUAACUGUCCGCAGCUCUGUUGUACUGCCCACAGUGAGUGUGAGUGUGAGUGCGUAUGCUGGGAUUAAGGGGGAUUCUGAGAUUUUGUUAGGGGAAAAAAUCACCACACACAUGUUCUGACGUUCUAUAACCUCCACCAGGCCAUGCACUGCAAGAUGCAAUAUCUUAUGAAGUGAAUUUUAAAUAUUUAACUAAUUUUUAAGCAAUUUUCUAUUUAAAGCAGACCUGUCACAAACAUAAAACAAUUAACCAAUCUUUUUGGAUUAAAUUUUGUGCCAGAAAUAACUGCGAUAAAUGAUAUUUUUUUCAUUUUAGAGCAUAUUGUCAAUUUUAACAAUUUUUGCCACAAUGCAACAAACUUUUCAAGUUCUUAGUCAUGAAUAUGACAAAUUACAUAUUGCACAUUAAAUAUAUACAUUGGACUUAGAAUAUAAAUAUGCUUAAAUAGCAUAAAACAGCAUACAGACUCGUUCACAUUAAUUGGCAACACCAAAUUUUACUUUAUGUUAAUUCGAUGACAUAAUUAUUGUGACAGGUCUGACUCAAAAUGAUUUAUUUCAUCGGCAAAUAAUUUUCUUAUUUCAGACAAUGAUACUUAAAGUAAGCUAAAUGAUUUUCCAGUGGAAUAAAACAUUUUAAGUAGAUAAAAUGACACAAUGUAUGAAAGAAGCAAAAUCAUCUGAAAAUAUUCUUUAACAUAUUUAAGGCAUUUUCACUUGUUAAGAUAAGUUUCUGCAGUGUUCGCUGCUGCAAAUUAGUCGGCUCUGCCUUUCCACACUGUCCGCUGAGCGUCUUUUUACCGCCGCUGCCUUAAAUCAGACUGUGUUUCCUGUGUUUGACAAAGACUGUCUCAGAGGUUUACUGUUUUCACACAAUGUGCUUUUUUACACAGCCAUGCCGGAGAGAAGUCAUGUGAGUGGACUCGCCCCCCUCGUUAGUGCUACAGUUGUGCAAAAAAGUGACUUCAACAAGUGAAAUCAUCCUAAAGAGCCCAUUUCCUGCAUUAUAUUAGUAUUUAUUGUUGUGAUUGAAUAUUUGUAUUUAUUUCAAGAAGGAUUAUAAAAAAAUAUAUAUAUAUAUUUUCUGACUAUAAGGUGCACUGUAUAAAAGGGCGCAUUAUCAAUGAACGUCUAUUCUUUGGUCUAUUUUCAUAUAUAAGGCGCAUUAAGUAAGGAUGCCUACAUCAAAGUAAGCAAGGGUGUAUAGUAUAAAAAAAAAAAAAUUAAGACUCGUUUUGCCUACAAUUAUUUGUGCACUUUUUGACUUUGGAUUCCAACAAACAGUGCAAAUACUAAGUAAAAUUUUGUUUUGGCAGAUAUUUUUUGUGCUUCAAGCACGUAAAACUAAUUAUCAACACAAAAAAAUAGAUUAUAUAAAACAUUUUUGAUAUAAAAGUUUUUUUAGGAUGAUUUCACUCACCUUGAUGUCCGUUUUGCGGCACGCGCGCGUGUGUGUGUGUGUGUUUGGGGAAAGUAUUAUUCAUUUUAAUUUAGAUAUUGGGUCAUUAAACACAGAUGGACACACACAGGUGUUAACUCCAAAUGUAAUACUGGGUUUACAGAUCAGAGAUGGUCAGGUGCAGCACUGGACAGUUACUUCUUCACAGGCUCCGCCCACAAAUGUGUUCCUCCACAGCUGCUUUUGUGAGGAGCCAAUUAAGUAUUGGUAGCACUUUUGUGAAGCUUGUUAAGUUAUCAUUAAAGCCACACUGUCCCAACGCUAGGUGCAGUGUGCUAUAGCAGGACUGCAGCCACUCCAGAUCUACUUAAAUAAGCAGAACCACUCUCUGUGCUAAAUCUGAACAACAAUUUAGGGAAAGUUACGUUAAACUUGAGGUACUGUAUUUUUCGGACUCUAAAGUGCUCCGUAUUAUAAGGCACACUAUCAAUGAACGUCUAUUUUCAUACAUAAGGCGCACAGGAUUAUAAGACGCCUUAAGGGACACUAGUAAGGAUGGCUACAUUGAAGUGAGCAAGGGUGUCGCCAUGUUUCCCUCAUAAUGGGGGAAGUGCCCAAGUAAACAAAACUGUAAUUCUUAAAAAAACGUUUUUUUCAAAGUCAGACAAGUGCUGGAUGUUAAUCUAAAUAGAUUUCUCUCCUGAAAACUGUUUAUUUGGGUGAGUAAAGUGCUUCUGUUUAUUUACAGUAAGCUUAGAUUUCCAGUUUUUUUCAGAGGAUGAGCACUAGCCGUGGUUAGCAGCAUAGCUACCUGCGGUUAGCAGUGCUAGCCAGCCCUGGUUAGCAGUGCUAGCCAGCCCUGGUUAGCAGCGCUACCCAGCCGCGUUUAGCAGUGCUAGCCAGGCCCAGUUAUUAGCGCUAGACAGCUGAAGUUAGCAGCGCUACCCAGCCUCAGUUAUUAGCCCUAGCCAGCCAUGGUUAGUAAGCAGUGCUAGACAGCCCCAGUUAGCAGCGUUUCCCAGACCCGGUUUGCAGCACUAACUCCCUUAUAUUCUGUAAUUUAUCUGAGCGGUUUUACUGCUACUUACAACCUGAUUGGUAGAAUUUAUACACAAGGCGCACCAGAUUAUAAGGUGAACUGGCGAUUUUUGGGAAAAAUUAAAGAAUUUUAGUGAUGCCUUUUAGUCUGAAAAAUACGGUAAUCUGAGUUAAAUCAAGCUUAGAUUUGAGUUCAUCUGGAAUUAAAUCCAGGUUCUAGCUCAUUCUGAUUUAAAUUAGAGAUAGAGUUGUGUCAACUCCAAGGUAAAUAUGAGCUCAAUCCAAGCUACAGUUUUAAAAGUUUAGUUAACUCACAACUAAAUCUUAAGUUAAACCUAAAUGUAUCUGAGCUUAUUCUGAUUUAAAUCAGACUUAAAUCCACAGUAAAUUGCCAGGGUGAAUCCGAGUUAUUCUGAUCAGUGCUGGGUCUGUCUGUGUCUUCUGUUCUACCUUUGCUCAUGCUGCUGCUGAUUUAGGAGACAAACUAAAACUCAGUGACCCUUAGCCAUUCUGCUGGAUCUCCUGUCUUUUAUCUUCUAUAUUAGUCCUUAUUUUCUUAUUAUUUGUUCCUGGGAGAUUUUAUUACUGCAGUUAAGCCAGGUAACUUAGGUUUAAAUCCAAGUAUGCCCAAAACAAGAAGAGGCAAUGGAUCUUCCCACUUGAGAUACCUCACUUUGGGCUUAAGUUAUCUUUCUAAACCUAUAAGUUUUGAAGCACUCCUCCUGGUGUUGUAUUAUCAUUGUAAUUCUUUCUUUUUUGUAAAAAAGAUUCAUUUGUUUGUUGGUUGCAAUAAGGUACACACUUUGGCCACUCAGGGUACAGAUUUGGUUGGUUGGAAAUCUUGUUUUAUUUUGUUUCUAAAGAUUUUAAGGUUUUAUAAAUCUUUUAACUUCUAUUUUGAGUAAUUUUCUUUUAAUGUCACUCAGAUAUUUGGCCCUGCAGUGGAAAAGACACCAUAUUGUCUAUUAAAAAAGAACUAUCUUCACUCCCAGCUCAUCCAAUGUCUAAUGUCAAUGUCUAAUGUCAAUGUCUAAACACCUUGUUUUUAACAGUUUAUUUCAGUGUUUUUUUUUUAUUUGUUUGUAUUGUUUACAUUGUCUAAAGUUACUCCUCAGACCAAGUUCUGCUAUAAGACCAACACUAAACCUACAGUGGAGCUGAAUCUAGUGGACUACAAAAGAUUGGACCUCCAUAAACUGGAACCAUCUGCACUCCCAACACACGGACCAAUGACUGCUGGAACUCAUGAGCUCCCAUUAAUUUAGACAUUUAUAAUCCAGACACUAACUUUAUAAAUAUUGUUUCUUUUUUUCUCUCCUUCAUUUUUGUCUUUGAAACACAGACGCUAAGCGUGACCUCAGAAAAAAUGUGGCCUUGUCUCUUUUUUUUGUCAGAUUUGGUUUGUGUGUGCUUGCUGUAUCAUAUUUUGUUCUGUGGAAGUUUUUAUGUUUCAGGAAAACGUUUAUUCUCCAGCGGUGGUUGUAGUGGUGGUGAUGGUGAUGGUGAUGGUGUGGUGUAUUUCUGUACGUUUGAGGAAAGUGUUGAGGGAAGUGAACCAAUCAAAAUGAAUCGAGGGUGUUUUCUGACUUACAAACUGACCGUGACAGAAAGUGUCAAAGUUAAAUUAAGGAAUUGGGUUUAAUCUAGUGAGCCUGACGUAAAAAAAAAACCAGCUAUUACUGCCAUCAUGUCUACAGUUUUCUGUUAAUAACCUGACUUAUUUUGUUUAUUAUUAUAAUAAUGUUCCAUUUCCCAUUACUAUUAUGAUGCUUAUUCUUAUAAUAGCUCUAAAACUGUGCUUUUAACUCUGGGAUUAUUACAUAAUUUGGACAUCCUUACAGUAAAAAAUUAUUUAAAAUGCUAACAUGGACGAGCACACAGCGCCACCUAGCAGCAGAUUAAAGCAAGCAAGGUUUUAUUUUUUAUAUGUUGGCCCUGGAACCAACUUUCUUAUUGGAAAGACAGUUCACUCUGCAGCCACCUUUGUUAAUGGCAGGGGGCAGUUUUCUAAUGUUACUCAAGAACAACCUCCAAUCUCUAUUAAUGAGGAGAGACUAAAAUACUCAAGACUGAUGACCAAAUUACCAGUUUAACAACAUAUUUAAAUCACUGAUAAAAUCAUAUUUAAAAAAUAUACAACGUUUGUAGCAUUCGUUUUAAUAAUGCACAAAAAAGUGUGAUUUUUUUCAGCUUUUGUUGGUUCCUGCGCUUGCGCAGAUCUCCACUUUGAGGGAGGCUUCCCCACUAGCAUACUGACCCUCUGCCACUCUUGGCACAACCAGCAAGCUGAUUAGCUCUUUUAUUGUUGAUGGGCGGGACUUUACCUAAUUCAGUAAAACUCCUCAUUGAUAAUGUCUCUGCUGGUACCAGCACUGACAAAUUCCAUAGGUUAAAUCACAAAAAAAGUCUAAAUUUCGUUGGAUGUUAUGUGAAAUGCAGUGUGGUUAAAUGUUAAGAACCUUUGCAAAGUUCUUAUAGAAGGUUUCCUACAGAAGUUAAAAGGAUGUCAGGAUGUUUACAGGUAGCGAGUUCAGAUGUGCCAAUCUCUUUACUGCUCAGUUCUGUUUGUCUUUUCUUCUUUAUUUUGUCUCUUUAGUCGAUAAGUAUGCAAAGCUAUGCAGCACAAACGUUAGCCAGUAUAGAUAUCCUAAGACUGCACAAGAUAGCACAUAAAACCUCACCCAAAAUGACUGUAUGAAUAUUAUAUGAUUAUACAAUCUGCUUCAAGCUUUUCACAACACAUGCUGCAAUAGAAUCAUUUCAUGACAUUUUAUUAAAAAAAUUAAAAUAGAAUUAUGGAAAUAGGUCUAAUAAUCCCAUAAUAUUCUAUACACCUCUCAUGUAAUAUUAUCUCGUCAAUAAUAGACAUUCACUAGAUUGAAAAUAAUUACAUUUUUCAGAGUUUUUUUUUCCUUCAUUCUUUUUGGGAUAAAGCUGUUGCAGUCACACUGAUGACGCUGCGUAUCGCUGCUUGGCUUUGGCUUUCACUGAAUAGAGCUGUAGAGGCUGUGAUUGUGUAAUGAAUGCAGUGCACACUGCUGAGAGCUCUUGGGUACAAUAGUUAGUGUGAUGCUGAAAAUACCGCAGGCUGUUUUAUAGACACUGAUCCAUCACGACGCUGGACCGUUGUAAAUCAGCUGACUCUUGUAUUAUAUUUCUCUCACUUUUCCAUCAGCUAUGUAUGAUUUAUAAUAAACACUCACCUGCCUCUCUUUCCACUGCAAAAAUAACAGCUAUAUUUUUAAAUAAAAGUAAGAAAAGGAAA